GUAAUCGUAUUGUCAAUUGGUUCGAGGAUAAAGGAAAUAAUGGCGUUUACCUUUGCGGCGUUUUGUUAUAUUGUAGCAAUUAUAUUAACGGCUUUUCUUAUAUUUUUUGCCGUUUUCCACGUCAUUGCUUUUGAUGAACUCAAAUCUGACUACAAGAAUCCCAUUGAUCAAUGCAACAGCCUGAAUCCUCUUGUUCUACCGGAAUAUUUCAUUCACAUUCUCUUCAACGUUUUGUUUUUGUUUGCCGGAGAAUUUUUUACGUUGCUGAUCAAUCUUCCGUUAAUAGCAUACCACAUAAACAGGUAUCGCACCCGCCCUGUGAUGAGUGGACCAGGUCUAUACGAUCCCACCACCAUAAUGAAUGCGGAUCAACUCAGUAGAGCUAUGAAAGAGGGAUGGAUCAAAUUGGGCUUCUAUUUACUUUCUUUCUUUUACUAUUUAUAUGGGAUGGUUUAUACUCUAAUUACAACUUGAAGACAACAAACUAUAUAUGUAUAUUUACCUAAAUUAAUUCUGCAUGCUCAAAUUUUUGAAGAUUCUACAAUAUGUAUAUAAGUAACAGCCAGGUGCUUCAAUUGUUUGAAGAAAAUUUGUAAUAAGUAUUGCAUAAUUC